AUGAGGCUAACCAAACCUACUUUAUUCACUAAUAUUCCUGUGACUUGUGAAGAAAGAGAUUUACCAGGUAAUCUAUUUAACCAGCUCAUGAAAGAUGAUCCUUCUACUGUAAAGGGAGCAGAAACUUUGAUGCUGGGAGAAAUGCUGACUUUACCCCAAAACUUUGGAAAUAUAUUUCUGGGAGAGACGUUUUCCAGUUACAUUAGUGUACACAAUGAUAGUAAUCAAGUUGUCAAGGACAUACUGGUGAAGGCUGAUCUUCAGACAAGUUCUCAGCGCUUGAACCUUUCAGCUUCUAGUGCUGCAGUGGCAGAACUUAAACCUGACUGUUGCAUUGAUGAUGUAAUCCAUCAUGAAGUAAAGGAGAUAGGAACACACAUCUUAGUUUGUGCAGUAAGCUACACUACGCAGACAGGAGAGAAGAUGUACUUCAGAAAGUUCUUCAAAUUUCAGGUCCUUAAACCACUAGAUGUGAAAACCAAAUUCUACAAUGCUGAGACAGAUGAAGUGUUUCUGGAAGCUCAGAUUCAGAAUAUCACUACCUCUCCAAUGUUUAUGGAGAAGGUUUCUUUAGAGCCAUCUAUGAUGUACAAUGUUGCAGAACUGAACACAGUUGACACAGCAGGGGAAAGUGAGUCUACAUUUGGCUCUAGGACUUAUUUACAACCUAUGGAUACACGUCAAUACUUAUACUGCCUAAAACCAAAGCAAGAAUUUGCAGAGAAAGCUGGAGUAAUAAAAGGUGUAACAGUGAUUGGCAAACUAGACAUUGUAUGGAAAACUAAUCUGGGUGAACGAGGAAGGCUGCAAACUAGCCAGCUCCAAAGAAUGGCUCCUGGUUAUGGUGAUGUAAGGCUUUCUUUGGAGACAAUACCAGACACCGUAAAUUUGGAAGAACCUUUUGACAUUACAUGUAAAAUAACAAAUUGCAGCAGUGAAAGGACUAUGGACCUGGUUUUAGAAAUGUGCAAUACUAAUUCCAUCCACUGGUGUGGAGUUUCAGGAAGGCAACUUGGAAAGCUGCACCCAAGUUCAUCCCUCCAUCUUGCACUUACAUUGCUGUCUUCAGUGCAAGGAUUGCAAAGUGUCUCUGGCUUAAGACUUACAGACACAUUUUUGAAGAGAACAUAUGAGUAUGAUGACAUUGCACAAGUCUGUGUAGUUUCUUCAGAAGUCAAACAAAGCUGAAGAAAAAAUUCUGUAUUUCUGCUGGGCUUUUUUUUUUUUGGACCAACUUUGUGAUGUUUUUGCAGCCGAAUCACAUUAAAAUGUGUACAAACAAA